AUGGCAUUCGCCGGAGUCCUGACCGAAGCUGACAUCACUGCAGCCCUUGCAGCUUGCCAAGCUGCCGACUCCUUCAAGCACAAGGACUUCUUUGCUAAGGUCGGCCUGGCAGCCAAGUCCGCCGAUGACAUCAAGAAGGCCUUUGCCAUCAUUGACCAGGACAAGAGUGGCUUCAUUGAGGAGGAUGAGCUGAAGCUGUUCCUGCAGAACUUCUCCGCCAGUGCCAGAGCUCUGACUGAUGCUGAGACAAAGACAUUUCUUAAGGCCGGUGACUCUGAUGGCGAUGGCAAGAUCGGAGUUGAUGAGUUCGCUGCCUUGGUCAAGUCUUAA